AUAUUGCAGGAAUCGCAGCCCUGGCCCAGCUCUUUAUAAGGCUGUUCCAGCGUGCCAUUUGGUCCAAUCUCAGCCUGACGCCAAGCUGCCAGCCAUGAGGAUCCAUUACCUCCUGUUUGCUGUGCUCUUCUUGUUCUUGAUGCCAGUUCCAGGUGAAGGAGGGAUCAUAAAUACAAUACAAAGAUAUUUUUGCAGAGUGAGAGGCGGGCGAUGUGCUGCCCUUACCUGCCUUCCACGGGAGACACAGAUAGGCCGCUGCUCUGUUAAGGGCCGGAAAUGCUGCCGAACAAGGAAAUAAAAGAUGCAGAAAUAUGGUGAACA